GUUCAAGCUCCUGCUCGAGGCACCGUAGUACAAAACCCUGUCCUCGUCUCUGCCAUUGCCAUAUGCCCCUCGUCUUGGUUGACUCGGAUGCUCAUCGGAUGCCGUACAUAUUCAUAUCAUCGGCUCAACUGACGCCGAAUUCGAUCAAUUGACGCCGUGGGGCAUGCAUAUGAGCUCAACACUGGCACUAUGAAGUUCGGAGAGCAACUCCGCUCCUCGCUAAUCCGGGACUGGUACUACCAUUAUAUCAGCUACGACGACCUCAAAGAUGGCCUCAAGACCGUCUUCGAAACCCCUCCUACCUCGGACAACCCUGACCCGAAGCGCCGACCGUGGACCGAGAAAGACGAGCAGCGGUUCGUGAAACUGCUGGAGCAGGAGUUGGAUAAGGUCUAUACUUUCCAGAAGGUCAAGAGCGAGGAGAUCGUUCGACGUAUCCAGGCCAGCGAGAAAGAAGUCGGGGAGGUGGUCACGCAUGCCACCCAGCUGAGGGAGGAGCAGGGGCAGGAGCAGGCUGAUGAAGCCUUGGAAGAGGAUUUCAUGCUGUUGGAGGAGGAUGUCAGCGAUAUCAUUGCGGAUGUGCAUGAUCUGGCCAGUUUCACGAGGUUGAACUAUACCGGAUUUCAGAAGAUCAUCAAGAAGCACGAUAAACAAACGAAGUGGCAUCUCAGACCCGUCUUCGCGGUUCGGUUAAAGGCCAAGCCAUUCUACAGGGACAACUACGAUGCCUUCAUCAUCAAAGUAUCGAGGCUAUACGACUUGGUGAGAACACGGGGUAGUCCAACUAAAGGCGACGCGGGCGCAGGGGGCAAGCAGCAAAAUUUCAUCAGAAAUACCACCAAAUACUGGGUGCAUCCCGACAAUAUCACCGAACUGAAGCUCGUGAUUCUCAAGCAUCUCCCCGUCCUCGUCUUUAACCCUUCCAAAGAAUUCGAGAAAAAAGACUCCGCCAUCUCCUCCAUCUACUACGAUAACACCGACACCUGGGAACUCUAUGAAGGCCGUCUCCAGAAGACCGAAGGCGCCGAAGCCAUCCGCCUCCGGUGGUACGGCGGUAUGGAGGCAGAGACCAUCUUCGUCGAACGCAAGACGCAUCGCGAGGACUGGACCGGCGAAAAGAGCGUGAAAGCCCGGUUCCCCCUCAAAGAGAACAAAGUCAACGACUACCUCGCCGGCCGCCUCACCGUCGACAAGAUCUUCGAGAAGAUGCGUCGCGAGGGGAAGAAGCCGGAGAAGGAGAUCAACGACCUCGAGCAGCUGGCGCGGGAGAUCCAGUACCGCGUGCUGACCCGUAGCCUCGUCCCCGUCACCCGCUCGUACUACAGCCGCACGGCGUUCCAGCUCCCUGGCGACGCCCGAGUACGCAUCAGCCUGGACAUCGAUCUAAGCAUGAUCCGCGAAGACAACCUCGACGACCGCCAGCGCGCCGGCACCAACUGGCGCCGGACAGACAUCGGCAUAGAUCAUCCCUUCCGCCAACUUCCCCCCUCCGACAUCGAACGCUUCCCGUACGCCAUCCUCGAAGUCAAACUGCAAACCGCUGCGGGCCAGCUCCCCCCGGAGUGGAUCCGCGAACUGACCGCCAGCCACCUCGUUGAGGCGGUCCCCAAGUUCUCCAAGUUCAUCCACGGCACCGCCGCGUUGCAGCCGGAGCGGAUCGCGCUCCUGCCCUUCUGGAUGCCGCAGAUGGACGUCGAUAUCCUCAAACCCGUGUCGCGGAACUUCGGGAUCGAGCGGCCGGGCCAGGUUACGGAUAUGUCGACAUCCGACACGUUCGACGACUCGGAUGAUGAGGACCUGCCAAAGGUCGACAACACCGAUCCGGAGGGUGGGGACGUGAAUCAACGCCGUCUCCAUGACGCGCGACGUAUGCUGCGGGCGCACGAGCGGGUUCAAGAUGCCAGUAAUGAAGACAUCGACGACGACAGGGACGACGACGACGAAGCUCAACCCCGCCCCGACGGCCGUGAACACGCAGACGAGCCACACGCUACCCACGACCCCAACACCCUCGACGAAGAAGAGCGGGUCGCCGCGUCGCCCAUCGAUGAGGACUACGUCUACGAGUCCGACCCAGAAGCAGAGCGACAGUACGAGCUAGAGCAGGCGCGGAAGAAAGGGAGAAAAGCGAAAUACGCGCUGCUGGCGACGCGAUGGGAAGUAUCGCGGGCGGCGAAGCGGGUGUCGCAGGUGGUGGCGCGCGGGAUGUUCACGCCCGGGACGGAGAUUCCGACGGGGGGGCGGGAGUUGGGGGUGCCGCAUGUGGCGGGGGAGAUGAAGCGGUUUCAGGCGCCGCCAGGGAAGCGCAUCCACGUCCCCAUCCGCGUCGAACCCAAAGUCCACCUCGCCAACGAGCGCACCUUCCUCUCCUGGCUCGAAUUCAGCAUCCUUCUCGGCUCCAUCGCCGCCGCGCUGCUGAACUUCGGCGACCGACUAACCCUCGCCGCGUCGAUCGCCUUCACCGUCGUCGCGCUGGUGGCGCUGAUCUACAGUGCGGUGCUGUACUACAUGCGUGUUGAUGCGAUUCGGGCGCGGAGGGUGGGGAGGAGGGUGUAUUAUGAGAAGUGGGGGCCGACGGUGUUGUGUGGGGGGGUGUUGGGGGCGAUGGCGGUGGGGUUUGUGUUUCGGUUGGUGAAGGGGGGGGAAGGGGGUUUGAAGGGGUAG